CCACCAUCUUUCAUUACCCAAAAAUCAACACCGCUUCCUAGGUGUUGAGUAACCCCUGAAAGAAUACCUCUUUAAAAAAAAAAUUGAACAGUUCUCCCGUCAUGGAUUUGGACCCAGACAUGGACUCAGAUCACGAGGUCAUGGCCAGAGUGGAGCUAUCCUUCGCGCGAGCUUCCCGCCAACUAAUGAACCAGCCGUGCGUCUGCUGCAACGAGAAUAAGCCCGAGGACGAGAAGAUUCGCCUCGACUGCACACACACGUACUGCCACGAGUGUUUCAAGGCCUUCUUCGAGUCGUCGACGAAGGGCGUGUCCGUUUUCCCGCCCGCGUGCUGCGGCAUCGAUAUCCCUGCCGAGGCCAUCGAGCAGUUGAAGGACCCCGAGCUCCUCGAGAUCUACCACGCCAAGGCUCAAGAGAUCAGCAGCGAGGUCAAAGUGUACUGCCAUGUGAAGACAUGCUCCAAGUUUAUCCCCAUGAGCGAGCACGCCGGAACCGACGCCUGCUGCCCCAAGUGCCACGCCGUCACCUGCAUCACCUGCCUGGAAGCCGCCCACCCCGGAGCUGAAUGCAGCGGGCCCUCUGAAGACAUCAAAGGUGUCCUCGACAUCGGCGAGCAGAACGGUUGGAAGCAAUGUCCUAGCUGCCACGUCAUGGUUGAUCGCAAGCAAGGCUGCAACCAGAUACUGUGCGUGUGCAAUGCCGAGUUCUGCUACAAUUGUACCGCUAUCUGGAGAACGUGCGACUGCACCAACCAGGAAGAACCGGAUGACGAGGAAGAGUCAGAGAAUGAUUCAGACAGUGACUUCUCGUGA